ACUAAAUUUCCAACACAUCAACACGUCGGUAAAAACAUGACAAAUUUAGUAACAGAACAAGCGUCAAUCCCUCUCAUUGCCCUAACAGCUGCUGUUGGGGCUGUUGUACUAUUAUUUAUUUUGCUCUGUAACGUGCUAAGGCGUGAUAAAAAAGAUGCAAAUACUUCGGAUUCCAAGACAGAUGAUCAUGAAACUCAAAGUCAUGACAAGGUCAGCACCAAGAAAGGAAAACCCGCCCCUGUGAAGACUGCAAAGAAGCCAGCCUUUGUUCCAUUCUCACAUCUCUGGCUGUCUUGUACCCUUAAAGGACACAGCAGUAGGAUAGUCUCAAUAGAUUUUAGUCCAAAUGGAAAAUAUAUGCUAUCAGCAUCUGAAGACAGGGCUUUAAUGCUAUGGAGUGUGAAAGAAUUCCAACAAAAAGACCAUAAAUAUAUACGUGGCAAUGUUGAUUUAGAUAGUGCAACCCAUAUUGCCUUCAGCCCUGACUCAAGAGCUUUUGUAGCUUCAUUGGCGAAUGAAAAUGCGUUGAGAAUUUUUAGAUUAGUGAAGAAGGAGGAUGGCAGUCAUAAUGUUUCAAUCACUGGAGCCAUAACAUUCCCUAAAAAACAUAAGACAGACAUUAUUGGAGUUGGAAUAGCAUCCAGUGGUAAAUUUAUAAUGACAUGUAGUGGUGACACAACAAUUAUCAUUUGGGACUUAAAAGGGGAAGUUUUGGCAACAAUCGACACACACCAGAUGUCCAACUCUUGUGGUAAAGUUUCCCCUUGCGGAAGAUUUGUUGCCUCUUCAGGCUUCACCCCUGAUGUGAAAGUGUGGGAGGUACAUUUUGACAAAACUGGAACAUUCAAGGAAGUGAAAAGGGCUUUUGAGUUGAAAGGUCACAAGGCUGGAGUCUAUCACUUUUCCUUCAAUAUGGAUGCCAGAAGAAUGGCAUCUGUGUCUAAAGAUGGUACCUGGAAAUUCUGGGACACGGAUGUCCGCUAUGAUAUGGGCCAGGAUGCCAAGCUCUUGUUUACAGGCAAUGUCUCAUUUCAAGGUCCUUCACUGAUUGCCUUAUCCCCUGAUGGUCACACAGUGGCUGUAGGGGGCGCUACUAGUAUUGCCUUCUGGGAUGCUGAUGCUGGGAAGGAGCAUGAAGUUAUGCAUGAUGUUCAUGCAGAGCCCAUGACAGGCCUCAGCUUUGACAUCAGUGGACGUUACCUGGUGUCCUCAGGUGGCAAGCAUGUCCAGGUGUUGCACAACGUCACAGGGUACAAGGCCAACAUCAGCGACCUGGAGGAAAAAUACAAGUCAGCAUCAGGACCUGGCAUGAAGGAACGCAUCAAGUCCCAACUUUCACAGACUAGGGAGUCAUUGGAGUCAAUUCUUAGUGGAUCAAAUGGACACACAGAGAGCAAGUAACCUCUCAGAGUUUGAUGUGGUGCGCAAGUUUUGUUGUGGUCAAAGGUUACAACAAAUUUAACUUCAACGUAAAUUACCAGCGUUCUUUACUUCUGAAAGUAAUGACUAACUUUAAACACUAGACUUAAAUCAGAAUUUUAAGGUAUACAAUGUCAAAAUGAAAAAAUUUAACCAAUAGAAAUUAUUUUAAAAAAAACUACCCUACAUUUAAUAGAGUAGUUUUAGAAUGAAAAUUUGUGUUUUUAAAGAUUAUGAUGAUUUACAACUGUAUGAAACUAUUUUAUGAAUGAAUCCAAUACCAUGAAAGCUUACAGGCAGCUGUAUGAAGCAUUUUACUUAGUGUUUCUGGUAGCAGUUCAUCAUUUCACCUUUUUUCUUUUUUUUUUCUAGUUUUGUUGCUGUGAAAAUUAGGGAAAAAGGGUGAGGGCGUAGGUCAUGGCAGCAAAAAAAACAGUAGUGUAAUUUGUUUUAACUGUUUUUAUUUAAUUUUCUUUGAAAACUAUUUGAAUGAUGUUGUGGAAGAAAAAAUGAGAAAAGUAGGGUGUGGGUGAAGUAUUCCGAGUAGAAAUAAUAUUUUGUCAUCUCUCUAAAAUUGAUAGCUCUAAUUGUCAUGAAACCCUACAUUCUUGAUUUAUUUUACUAUCUCUCAUAUUUACUUUGAGACUGUUUUCUUAACUGAUCACUCUUCCUUUCCCCAACCCUUAGUUUUGGGACUUGAAAAUUAAAAUCUUCAUUGGUGCCAUUCAUAAAAUUAUUUAACUAGUCAGACUAUUUUGUGUUCCCCUCCUAUUGUGACAAUCACACAUUAUCACAAAAACCAGACAAUGCUUAUUUAAAACAUACAAAAAUUCCUGUUUUACCACGGCACCUUCCAUAAUUCUUAUGGAACUCUGUUUACUUGUAUGUGGUUAGUCACUUUGAACCCCUCAGCCUACCUUUCACCCACUGAUUCUUCCCCAGGUAUAUCAGCUUAUCAGCUAGUACUUUCUGCAACUUAUAGUUUCAUUUAAUCUUAUUAUUUUUAACAAUUUCUUUUCUAGAUUGUUAAUGUUCUUUUUAAUGUUUUUCCUAGAAUAUAAAAAGAUAAAACUUAUGAAAUUUCUAUUUUUAAAAGUUCAUUAUUAAUGUGUUACCUAGAAUAUAAAAAGAUAAAACUAUGAAAUUUCUAUUUUUAAAUGUUCAUUUUUAAUGUUUCCUAGAAUAUAAAAAGAUAAAACUAUGAGAUUUCUAUGUUUAAAUGUCUCUACAUCUUCACUGUUAGAGUUUUAAAAAAAAAACAUUCUUUGACCACACUAUGUGUGUCCAUUGAUUUAUCAAUUUUUGCAUGGGUUCAAUGAUGUUAAUUGAUUUUUUUUUCAACUGUGACUUGGAGGUGGUUGUAUUUGAUGCAACAUAGAAAUGUUCACCAUUUAUAUAUCGCAUGUUAUCAUGUGUUUUAUUGCUGGAUAUUCUCUGCAUUGAAUAAAUAAU